AGGUGGCUCAUUGGCGACAGCAAGACAAUAAGACAUUCGCCAUGGACGAAUCUGAUGACGCGGCAUUGAGAGACAAGGAGGAGUAUUACAGAAAACUGAAUGAAUCACUCAAGUCAAAGGCAGCAUCCUUAAUCGCACAAGCGGAAAAAGCGCUCAAAGAUCAGACCGAUGUGUCAGAUUCAUUAGAGCUACCUGCGGUUAAACACGUGAGACAAGGGACAGCGAAAAUGACUGCCGAUGACGAGCCGGACCCAGUUCUGCCUUGUAAACUCGGCGAGCCAUACCAGGUUACGCUGCAGCCAAAGACGGAUGCCCUCGUACCUGACCAUGGCUCAGACACAGACGACAGCCUCGUCGAGGCAUUCGACUGUCUUGAAGCCAACGAUGAGCCAAAUAGCCAGAGCGCGUCGUCGAUCGCAUCAAAGAAUCUGAGUAGCGCAGCGCAGGCGCGGCUGUAUCAAGCAAAGCUACGAGUGACAAAAGCCGAGCUCACUCGUCUCAAGGUGCAGUAUGACAAAUUACUGAAGCAGAAUAACGUUCUUUCCGAUAAGUUGAAAGUCUCUGAGAGAGAAGGUCAAAGUGUCAUCUCAGGGUCGCAAAAACAGGCUGCAGAGAUCAGCAGAUUGAAGAAGGCCCUGGAUGAUGCUAACAAUGAAGUGCAGAAGUUCAGAAGUGAGUGCGUCUCGUGGAAAAGAGAUGCAGAAAACAACGUGAAAGAAGCACAGGCAGCAUGCAAAUCAAACUCCCAGACAGAAAUAAAGCUAAAGAGAGCGAACGAGGACGUUGAGAAACUUAAGCUUGCCCUCGAAGCCGAGAAGAGGCGAGCUAGGGACUCAGCUGAGGCGAUGAAAGAAAAGGUGGCCUCCUUGGAAAGCUCCAACAAGCAGCUCGACAAGCAGCGGCAAGAGCUAAUUGCUGGAUUCAAAAAGCAGAUGAAGCUGAUCGAUGUGCUCAAACGACAGAAGCUUCACUUGGAAGGUGCGAAACUGCUGCAGAUCUCAGAAGAGGAGUUUCUCAAAGUGGUAGAUCUCACUUUGAACGAAUGACAAAGUCGUGGAAUACUCUAGUCACCCAAUCGCUUUUUCAGUUUCUCGUCAUCCGCGUCAUCCACAUCGCACAUGCGUAUUGCACAUGCACUUCAUAAAGUGGAAAAUGAUUAAUAUGUACACAUUACCCACAGUUUAUCGUAUGCGUGUUCCCUCUGUUUUGCUCCAAUAAACAAGUACCUUGAUGUGAA